GUGUAGUCGCGUUUCCGCGCGCCUCACAUGAACGAGCAAACUCUCUCCCGUGUAUCGAUGAAGCUGGUUGAAACAUGGCGGACUUCCUGCCGACCCGAACCGUGCUAAACCAGUGCUUCCCAGUUUGCCUGCUUUCCAGCACCGAGGUUGAACAGCUGAGGAAAUCAAAGGAGAUUGACAAAAGUCUUUCCCGAGACAAAACCUACGCGGAACGACUAGUAAAGAUACUUUUACUGGGCGCGGGCGAGAGCGGCAAAUCCACUUUCCUCAAACAGAUGAGGAUCAUCCACGGGCAGGACUUCGACCAGCAAGAUCGUGAAGAGUUCCGGGCAACAAUUUACAGCAACGUUAUCAAAGGUAUGCGUGUGUUGGUGGAUGCACGGGAGAAGCUUCACAUCCCCUGGGGUUCCCCUGACAACCAGGUGCACGGAGACAAUGUGAUGUCAUUCGACACACGGUCUGUGAUGAUGGCGAACGGCCAGGUGGAGACGAGCGUGUUUCUCAAGUACCUGCCCUCCAUCCAGGUCCUGUGGGCCGACAGCGGAAUACAACAGGCCUACGACAGACGCAGGGAGUUCCAACUGGGUGAGUCUGUGAAGUAUUUCUUGGACAAUGUGGAGAUGCUGGGGGAGCAGAGCUACAUCCCUUCCCAGCAGGACAUCCUGCUAGCCCGCAAGCCCACUAAAGGCAUCCAUGAGUACGACUUUGAGAUCAAGAGCGUUCCCUUCAAGAUGGUGGACGUGGGAGGACAGCGCUCAGAGAGACGACGGUGGUUUGAGUGUUUUGACUCUGUCACCUCCAUACUGUUCCUAGUGUCUUCUUCAGAGUAUGACCAGGUCUUGAUGGAGGACCGACAGACCAACCGUCUGAGAGAGUCAUUGAACAUCUUUGAGACGAUAGUCAACAACCGAGUCUUCCUCGCCGUCUCCAUCAUCCUCUUCCUCAACAAGACUGACCUCCUGGAGGAGAAGGUCUCGAACAUUUCGCUGAAGAAAUACUUUCCAGAGUACACGGGACCGGACCACAGCCUGCCGGACGUCCAGAAGUUCCUAGUGGACUGUUUCCGGGGGAAGAGAAGAGAUGCGACACAGAAGCCCCUCUACCACCACUUCACCACGGCCAUCAACACAGAGAACAUCCGCCUGGUGUUCCGAGAUGUCAAGGACACCAUCCUCCACGAAAACCUCAAACAGCUUAUGCUCCAGUGACCUAUGACCACUAGAGAGGACCUGAGAGGAACCAGCCUCAGAGAGAACCCUAGAGAGGACCUCUUCUCCCGCCUUAAAGAAGACCUGAUUGAGGACUGCUCUCACCUUCAAAAGAGGACCGGAUUGAGGACCCCAGUGCCUUGGGGAGGACCUUGAUGUUCCACUUUUGUUGUUUCAAUGGUUUUAUUUGGUUUUUACUGCACUGUGUUGAGUGGAUGGUCUAUAGACUGCUCUGAGGUCAGUUUGACCUUUUAGGAGCCAGGGACAUGAUUGAACGCUGGAUAAUAAGCACUGUCCUUGGAUCAGUUUUGAAGCCUGCCAUGCUGUCAUAGCCCCACUCCUGUCCACUGAUCUGAGACCUGUGAGACUGACAGAAACCACAAUGCGUUAAUACAACGUCUUAAUAACCCUUAAUCACUGUGUGUGUGUGUGUGUGUGUGUGUGUGUGUGUGUGUGUGUGUGUGUGUGUGUGUGUGUGUGUGUGUGUGUGUGUGUGUGUGUGUGUGUGUGUGUGCCCUGCGCGCCCUGCGCUAUCUGUGUAUACCUGUUUUGGCAUUAGCUAUCAUGUAAUCAAUCAUGUCUUUAUAGUCAAUACAUUUUAACGUGUGUAUACAGUUUACAAAUUUCUACCUUUCUAUUCCCAGGUAGUUCACAUGUAAUUCUGCUGUAAGGACACAACACACACACUUGGACAGUUAUCUAGUAUUGUUAUCUCAGGGUUGGAUGGAGGUACCGCUACAAAGGAUGUCCUUAUUGUGUUAUUAUUGUAAUAAACAGUCUGUCCAUAGGGCUGUAGUCUGUCUAUACCCUCAAAUUCAAAUCUGGACCUCCACUGCUUUUAAAUUUGUAUUCUUCCCCCUCCAAUCAGGGACUGAUUUUAGACCUGCGACACCACAUGGGUGCAAUUAAUUAUCAGGUAGAACAGAACCAGCAGCACUCCGUAUCUCGUAGGGUCAGAGUUGAAAACUCCUGGUUUAUAUAUGUAUAUCCCAGGUUGAAGCUUUCGAUUUUUUUGUUAAAUGUCUUCCUGUGAGAACCUGUUCUGGGACGUAUUCACUAAGUAUGAAGCGGAAGAAAACGGGCUAAAACAGGGAUGUACUAUCUGAACUUGUCCAAUAAGAAACGCUUGUUUUCUUUUUCCAUUGCACAAUGUUUUGAACCAUUUUUCUACAGUGUGCCCUAACGGAGCAGAAAAGCAGAGGGGGCAUGUCUCAGACCCUGGGCUACAGUACUUUAAUUUGGGGCGCAAGGUUCCAGAACUUUCAGGCAGAUUCGUAUGCAUGUUAAUUUCUGUCUGAACUUUCUAUAAUGUUUUUGCCCCCACGGAACGUGGCCCGGGUUACCACGACAAGUUAAAGGUACCGCCUCCUCCUUCCCUUCCCAUUGGUGGCCUUGUAAAGGGACUUGUGUUAUUGGUCAGUGAGGUUGUCUGUCUAAUGGAUGUGAUCAUGUUUAUAGUUGUACAGACUGACUCAAAUGUAUCUUUUAGUUUCAAAUAUGACAGAUUAGUUUGUUUGUUUUCAUGUCCAUACUGUAACCUGUUGUUGAUGACAAUAGUGUGUGUAUAGGUAUGCCAACACUGUAAGAUACGCCACCUCAUAGGGCUGAGAGACGGCUAGAGACUGACUCCAGAUUAGCGUUUUGAGCGUUUCUCUCCUACCACGUCACACUGCCUUUUAUAUGACUGUAUAAAGAUCGACUGUCCUUGUUUCUCUAGCUCCGGAGAUUACGUGUCUGUCUUUCCACUGUGCCUCGCUCUGGCCUUGUACAGACUGACGCCUGGGCCCAGUUUCACAAAACCUUUUAGAAGACAUUUCUUAAGUGCCAUUUUUUUCCCCUUAACUUUAUACGUAUUAAAAUGUGCUAUUCGUCAAUAAGGUUAUUGCAAAUGUCCUUAAGUUUCUUCCUAAGAAAAUAGUUCAAAAUAAAUUUGAUUCUUGAAAUGGAAGUUAUUGGAUUUCUUCUUGAAAUUCCAAGAUGGCUCUAGUAAACACUUGUCUUAAACUCAUGGAAGUGAGAAAAUAAGCUAAUGAAAGCAAUUGAACAUGUUUAUUGACUCUACUGAAACUUUCAGUUGGAUCCAAUAAAACAUUUUAGACCAGUAAUCUCGGUAAGAAAUAUGCUAACAUGAUUGCCCUUGCUUGAUAGCUCUGUUGCCUAGCGACAAUCAUUUUAGGAAGAUAUUUAAGAAGUCCAUUUGAGUUCUUAUGAGCUUAUUUAUUUUUCAAAAAGCUUAAGUUUUUGCAUAACUUUUGUAAAACUGUGCCCUGAUGCCUUAGUUGUAAUCUAAAACUGUUUACUUCCAUGUUUAAAUGAUUCAACAACAACAGAAAAUCACUGUUUCAUGGUUGGCCUUGUCAAUGAACAUAUGUUUCUUUCUCUUAACAAUCUGCAUUUUUUUUAUAUGCCACUAAUUUUUACAAUAAAACACUUUUUCUAA